AACCGAAGAAAAAACCAAAAAAAGCCCCGUCUUCUACAUUUCUUUCCGCGUCUCUCUCUCUAGAUUUCAACUUUCUCUCUCUACUCUCUGCAAAAACUCAUUUCCAAUGGCGGCGACGGUGGCAAUCCCAGAUAACCUAACCAGAGACCAGUACGUGUACUUGGCCAAGCUUGCCGAGCAGGCCGAGCGGUAUGAAGAGAUGGUCCAGUUCAUGGAGAAGCUCGUCGUCGGCUCCACUCCGGCCGCCGAGCUCACCGUCGAGGAGCGUAACCUCCUCUCCGUCGCCUACAAGAACGUCAUCGGAUCGCUCCGAGCUGCCUGGCGCAUCGUCUCCUCCAUCGAGCAGAAGGAGGAGUCUCGCAAGAACGAAGACCAUGUCAUGCUCGUCAAGGACUACAGAUCCAAGGUAGAGAACGAGCUCUCCGAUGUCUGCGCUGGUAUUCUCAAGCUCCUGGACUCCAACCUCGUGCCUUCCGCUAUGACAAGUGAGUCCAAGGUGUUUUAUCUGAAGAUGAAGGGCGAUUACCACAGGUAUCUAGCUGAGUUCAAGGUCGGAGACGAGCGCAAGGAGGCUGCGGAGGACACGAUGAAUGCUUACAAGGAUGCUCAGGAUAUUGCACUGGCUGAUUUGGCUCCAACGCAUCCAAUAAGGUUGGGGCUAGCGCUGAAUUUCUCAGUGUUCUACUACGAGAUUCUCAAUUCAUCUGACAAAGCUUGCAGUAUGGCAAAACAAGCGUUUGAGGAAGCCAUAGCUGAGCUCGACACUUUGGGUGAAGAGUCAUACAAGGAUAGCACUCUCAUCAUGCAACUCCUAAGGGACAAUCUCACUCUUUGGACCUCAGACGCACAGGAUCAGUUGGAUGAGCCGUGACAUCAUAUUAGCUGACCAAUCAUUGUCUUCUCCUGGAGGAGGUGGGCUUUGAAUGUCAUUUGUUCCUGACUAAUUGUGUGUUGAUUGUGAAAUGGGGGCAUCAGCCCUUGACAUGAUAACUCGUACUCGAGUAAGCCAAUUUUAGGAUUUUGUAGUGAUUUGGAAUGUUAUGGUGGCAGUACUAUGCGCUAUAUCUGCUGCAACACUUCAUCUGGAUUAUAGCAAGUGAUGUGUGUUUGUGUGUUUUUUUUUUUUUUUGUCCCCUGAAAAAAGAAAAUCAAUGUUACACAAAAAAAAUUGAGAAAAGGUUGAGAUUUGAUGUGCUGUAGUAGUAUUUUCUGAGUAUUAAAUCCAUUUCAGUCCAGGAUAAAAGAUAUCACUUCGGUCUA